CUCAACUCGUAACUUAAGCCACCGAGGAAGACGAUUCACCAACGCAAACAUGGCUCAUCUUUUAGUCAACAAAAAAAUACUGGUUCGGCCUUCGGAAGAAUUCACGUCCAGUCUCGAGAAGAACUAACUGAAUUAGAGCUGGCCGUCGGAAGUCAAAGCCCUGUUCAAAUGGAUCAAAAUUUGCCAUCUGCGAAAGCAGUUUCCCAGCACUUUAUGAAUGGAUGGUUGAAAAGUGAAGAUGACAUUUCACCGACCUUGCAACCAGACUUCAUUAAGACAGAAAUACAAGUUAAAGUGGAACCUGAUCAAGAUGACUCUUCAGUACUUGAUGUGAACGAGCUGAGAACGUUUUCUCUUUCUAAGAGGAAUGUUAAAGAGGAGAUGUUGGACCUUGGUCUGCAGAUCUUACCAACUGGCCUAAUGCCUCCAGUUGAGAUGGAAGAAGAGCUUGAAAUCGCAGCGAACGCACACACUUCUCCAGAUAAACCUCUGAACAGAAGAACUCACCCAUCAAGCAAAAGAAAAAAAUGUAAAGACAAGAAAAGAACAUCAAGAAAAAGAAAACCAACAGAACAAAUUAUACCAACUAAAACGAAUUCUGAUCUGUCAAGUGAAAGAAUGAAAUCUUUCAUAAUGCCGGGAAAUGUCACACAACAUCCAGAGAAAGCAGGUAAAGGCAGAACAUCCAACAAACAGCAUAAAGAAGAGCGAUUUAGUUGUGAAACCUGUGGGAAAGUAUUCCAGCGGGCAGAUCUUCUCACGGAUCAUGUGAAAAUUCACAGAAGACAGAAACCAUACGGUUGUGAUCAGUGUGAAAUGAAGUUUGCCAAACCCUCUUAUUUGAAAAUACACUUGCGUAGACAUGCCGGUGACAGGCCUUUUCCAUGUAACCAGUGUGAGAAGAGGUUUUUUGACAUCUAUGACUUAAGGGUGCACCAGAGAGAUCACACUGGAGAGAGACCUUAUAUGUGCCCUGAGUGUGGGAAGAGUUUUAAACGCGUUUACACACUUAACAAACAUAAACGGACCCACUCAAAGGAGAGACCUUUCCAGUGCUCUGUGUGUGGUAAAGCAUACAGAUAUGGGUACAGUUACAGAUUGCAUCAGAAAAACCAUCUCGAUUAGGGUCCAUGAUGUGUACCGGCAUUUUUUGUAACAGUAAAAGUUUUGUCUAUGACGUGCCUUAAAAAUCCUGCAGCGGAGGUUACAGAUAAACUAAGAGAAGAAUAUGAAUCCAUUGCUGCCCCUGAUUUGGAAUCAGAGGUCUCUGAUAGUUGUGCCCCAGAUUUGACAGAAGGUCAGAAAACUGUCCUCACAGACUUUGAGUUCUCAUCUGAGGAAUCUAGUGAUGAGGAGAGUGAAGAUCACUUGAGUCGAUGGAGCAAAGGAGACUCUUAUUGGAGCAAAUACCCUCCUCAAAACGAAACCGUGACCUCCUCACAGAGCUGUUCAGGCCCUGCACCAGGGUCUUCAGUAGAGACACCUAAAGAUGCCUGGGAACUUUUCAUGAGUGAAAACAUCAUUGAUGAGAUCCUGCAAUGCACCAACUUGGGUGGACUGAGAGCAGCAUUAGCAAAAGGCAAAGUGUGGCAAAAGAUCACUAAAGAAGAGCUAAAAGCCUUUAUUGGUCUGAGCCUUCUCAUUGGUGCGGAGAGAAGUUGUGACGUCCCAAUCCGGGAACUGUUUAUGGAUCCAUUACAGAACCCACUAUACAGAGCCACCAUGUCUGUUGGUAGAUAUCAAGACCUUCACAGAUUCCUGCAAUUUGAUAACAAGAAAACCAGAGUGGCAAGAGAGGCAUCAGACCACAUGGCAGCCUUCCGAAAUGUGUGGGACCUGUUCCUGAUCAACUGCAGGAAAAGGUUCAUCCCGAGGGAUUGUGUCACUGUGGGUGAGCAGCUUGUGCCAUUCCAGGGAAGAUGCAAGUUUCUGCAACACGUGCCAAGCCGCCCUACCAAGAGUGGCAUAAAAAUCGUUUGGAUGUGCGAUGCCGAGGUCCCCUACGCCAUUGAUGGGGUCAUCUACACAGGCAGACGGCCGGGAGAGGACACUGAGGAGAACCUUGCAGAGAACACAGUCCUGAGGUUGUCCAAUGGACUUCAGCAAAAAGGUCUCAACAUUACAAUGGACAGCUACUUCACCAGUGUCCCUCUGGCAGAGAAGCUAUUCGAUAAAAGCUUGACCAUGCUUGGGGCCCUUCACCAUAAGAAUCCACAUGUGCCGCCGAUUAUGAAGCCAUCCAAGUUACGAGCACUACAUACCUCUGAGUUUGGUUUUUGUGGCAAAGUAUUCAUGGUGAGCUAUGUGCCAAAACUAAAAAAGGCAGUGAUUCUGUUGAGUACAAUGCACACCAGCGAUGCGCUGAUUGAAACAAGUGCUAAAAACAAGCCGGAGGUCAUUCAGUACUACAGCCGCACCAAAGGAGGAGUCAGCAGUGUUAAGCUAAUGGCUGAAAAUUAUACUUGCAAGCAGCAAACAAAGAGAUGGCCUAUGCUGCUUUGGUAUAACAUGUUGGAUAUUGCCAUUGUAAACUCCUACUCCAUUUUCAUUGCUCAGCACCCUAGCUUCACGGGAGGUGGUCAUAACACCCAGCGCUUGUUCAUAAAAGAGAUAGUGAAAGAGCUUGUAAUGCCUCAGAUACAUAGGCGCAGAGAAGAAAGCCCUGGAUUAUCCAUGAUCAUCCUUGAGGCCAUGGACAGAUGUGGGAUGCCCACAACAUUGUCAGCUGUCAGUUCCGAGCUCCAAGAACAGAGCCGUCUGAACAGAAUAAGAAAAAGAUGUUAUUACUGUCCAUCUGAAAGAGACAGAAAAGUGAGCAAGUUCUGCAGUGAAUGCAGUCGCCCUGUCUGCAAAGAUCACAGUCACAUGUUGGUGACUUGCUAUCGGUGCAUGCAUUAAGCCCAUAGAGAAACAGUUGCUAUGUUUCUAUUCGGCAGUGAUGAUGACUGUUCUGCUGACAAGUUUAAUUUCUAAAGGAUUUCUUGUAGCACUGUCAUUUAAAAUAUUUAGUGUGUAUUGUAAAUAUGGUUUCUUUAAUUACUUGAAUUUAUUUAGUCUUUGAUUAGUUAUCUUUAAUUGUACCAUGUAAAUAUGGCAUCCAUACUUUAGAUAUAAUGUUGAGUUCAAAUUUCUUUCAGUUUUAUGCAUUAAACUUGAACAUUUUGACUUAUCAAAAUUGAGUCGUUUACUAAACAUGUAUACAAUUACAUGAAUGCUGUGCAUCUGAUCAAAUCCCAGAUAUAUUCUUGGGGGUAAUGUUACCUGUUCAUAGAUCAGUCAGGUGAAGGAAGUGUUAAAAAGUGUUAGUAAAUUAACAACACCACAAGGUGGAGCACGAAUCAGUUUUAGAUUGUAAUUCGGAAUGCCUCAGGUGAGUUAAUAAAUUGUUGGUUUUCUUUGUGA